CAUCGUUUCCCUUCCCAUUGCGUUGUUGAAAACAUGAAAGCAUAACCAUCAUCAUCAUCAGCAGGAGCAGCAGCAGCAGCAUCAGCGCACGAUAGCGACAAGUGUACUCUUUUUACCGUACCUGCUGACUACGUUUUCCAAUCGUGCAUUGUGCGAUAGCCUGUAUCAGCCAACGGCUUACGACGCUGGUUUGCUGAAUCCAUCUGCCUUAAACCUUCCUCGCUAUCCGGAAGCUGCGUCCGAAGACGCCACACGAUCUCUGCCUUCAAAGACUGAUUGCAAUAAGGUUGCUCGCUAUUGUUGUUUGGAGGUUAAGGUGAUUUGCAAAACAGUAAGCAGAGGAACCUGAUGUGGAAGUAGUGGCAUCGUAUCGCAGCACAGUACGAAAGAGAGAAGGUUGCCCACAGGAUAUACCGGAAAGGAUCGAACCAUCGUCAGCAAGCGGCUUACAGUGCAAGCAGUGCAAGCUUCACAAUUGACACAUUACAAAUGCCCAGAGGUAAACGUCGUCACGCCAUAGACAUGAGGCCCAGCGAAGAGGACCAACAGUCGACCAAAAGGCAACGAAAUAGUUAUCAAAGCUCUAGGCGUUACAGUAAAUCGGAAGACGCCUUCAGUCAGAAGCGAUGCCUUGCCUGGUUCCGGGAGUACACCACACCGGACGAUACGGACACUUUAGGGCCGGAAGGUAUGGAAAAGUUCUGCGAAGACAUUGGCGUGGAACCGGAAAAUGUGGCAAUGCUUGUGCUGGCGUACAAGAUGGGUGCCAAACAGAUGGGCUUCUUUACGCAGAGCGAAUGGUUGAAGGGUCUAACGGAUCUGCAGUGCGACACAGCCUUCAAGGUGCAGUGCAAGCUGGAGUAUCUAAGAAGCAUGCUCAACGACCCGAACUCGUUUAAAAUCAUCUACAGAUAUGCGUAUGAUUUUGCAAGGGAUAAAGACCAGCGUAGUAUGGAUAUUGACACGGCGAAAGCAAUGCUACAGCUACUACUCGGCAAACAUUGGCCACUAUACGCACAAUUUGCCCAAUUCUUAGAGCAGUCCAAGUACAAAGUGAUCAACAAGGAUCAGUGGUGUAAUAUUCUAGAGUUUUCCCGCACCAUCUCCAACGAUCUAACAAAUUAUGACGUCGAUGGAGCUUGGCCCGUAAUGCUCGAUGAGUUUGUAGAAUGGUUAAGACAAUUAAGAGCCCAGUCAACAAUUAGCUGAGGCUUGCUGCGUUAGAAGCCGGGUCCGGAAGUAAGUUAGUACGAAUGCAGACAACCAGUAGGAGAUAAAGCAAGAGCAAAACCCUACGCCUACAUCCACCAACACAGACAUCGAUACUAUCCAUUCGUAAUGCCUCUCUUUUUCAAAUUCAAAACAACGCUCGUUGAAUCUCCACCAAGAGGUCUAGAGAUGCCAUGGCACACAAUAACCAACGUUUGGUUGGCGAGCAGGGUGUCAAUACUGAACGUAAAUUCUUCCCCAACACUGAUGUGAACCGUGAACUGUGUUGGGCAGAAAGUGAUACAUUUUUGAUAAGAUCAUUUUCUGUUUUUGGAUUACUCUUUUCUAUUGUAGAUAUUAAAACGGAUUGUGUUCGUGUGAUGAAACGUUCUAACAUAUACGUUUACGUUUUGCUGUAUACACUAAUGGAACACAUGUUCUAUAGCACAUUAUGUUUUUACCUAUGUUUAUGUUCAUUUUUAGCAAACACAUGGUAGGUUCAUGACAGACAUAUAUAGCAAGAUCGUUUUCUCCUCUGUAUAUCGCGCAUCUCAGCGUUAUUAGCCUCAAACGAAACCAAAAAUAGCGGAACGAAAUGAUAGUUUUUGCAACAUUUGUUUUGUUUUGUUUUUUGUUUUCCACAGCACAAUCCAAUUUUCUUUUUACAAUGCAAUACGAUGAGAUAGGGUUUAAAUGCAAGCAUACAAACGGAAACGCUCAUGGGUAAAGGGAAAUAGAACUGAGGUGAACUGUGUGAGUGAGUGAAUAUUAAGGAAAGGAACAAUAAACGAAAUUGUUUAUGAUAGAUAAAGUAUCCCGGGCCGGUUCCAAUCGAAAGGAAAAACCAUAGCAAACAACACAACACUCCUAAUACGUCCAUGAGCAUGCAAACGGCUGCUACGAAUGGCGGAAGUGAAAAGACCAUAAGAAACGAAGCUGCUUACUGCAGGUUAUUAACGACUAGCUUCACGUGACUGCACGAAACUGUGUACGAUGAGCACAGUGGUACACAAUCUGGCUCGAACGAACUGAUAUUCCAAUAACACUGAAAAGAGUCAAACGAGAAAGAUGGUGACGAUGGUGGCGCAUGAACUGGAUACUAAAAAAGUAAAACCUCCCGUAGGUUAAAAGACAGUAAUCAAACAAUAGAAGGAGAAAAAACUCACAUAAACAUAAAAUAGUUCUUUAUCGAAAUUCGGUUUAGCUCGUAACACGGUUUUUGGCAUAAACAUAAAUACGAAAUUCAUGGGAAAAACAAAUCAUUAUUAUCACUAUUGGAAAGCAACCACUAUACUCACGUAAAAUCAAACUAACAGCAGGAGCAAAAUACGGAGCAAGAACGAAGUACCCCGAGACCAGGUGAAGCUCGGCAAUAAUACAACAUAAAAUAAAAGUCCAAACAUACUUUAUCUUAA